UAAACAUGACUCCGCCCCUCUGAGCUAGCUGUGAUCCUUAGUUUCUUACAAGAACCUGGAGCCUGACUGACAUGGUGCAGUCAUACCCUGACCAAACCAUGUCCUCUGUGCAGACCCUCGGAGGCCCCAGCCCUGGGCAGACCUGUGUGUUGAUUCUGAUCUUCACCGUGCUCCUGCAGUCCCUCUGUGUGGCUGUGACUUAUGUGUACUUCACCAACGAGCUGAAACAGAUACAGGACAAGUACUCCAAAAGUGGCAUUGCAUGUUUCUUAAAGGAAGACCACAGUUCUUGGGACCCCCAUGACGAAGACAGUAUGAAUAGUCACUGCUGGCAACUCAAGUGGAAACUACACCAGCUCAUUAGAAAGAUGACUUUGACAACCUUUGAGGAAACCAUUCCUACAUCUCAAGAAGAACGACUAAGCCUUUCCCUAGGGCAAGACAGAAGGUUGCAGAAAGCAGCAGCUCACAUAACAGGGACCACUCGGAAAAGUACCAAAUCCUUAGACCUAGCAUCCAAGAAUGAAAAGGCUUUGGGCUACAAACUACAACACUGGGAGUACUCAAGGAAAGGACAUUCAUUCCUGAAUAAUUUGCACUUGAGGAAUGGAGAACUGGUUAUCCAUCAAGCAGGGCUUUAUUACAUCUAUUCCCAAACAUACUUUCGCUUUCAAGAAAGUGAAGAAACUUCAGGAAUGAUUUCAAAGGAAGAGAACAGAAAGAAAAACAAACAAAUGGUACAAUAUAUUUACAAAUUCACAAGCUAUCCUGAACCUAUAAUGCUGAUGAAGAGUGCUAGAAAUAGUUGUUGGUCCAAAGAUUCAGAAUAUGGACUAUAUUCCAUCUAUCAAGGAGGUGUGUUUGAGCUUAAAGAAAAUGACAGAAUUUUUGUCUCUGUAACUAAUAAAAGCUUGAUUGACUUGGACCAAGAAGCCAGUUUUUUUGGCACAUUUUUAAUUAGCUAAAUGAUCUGCAAAGAAAAAGCAAUAAUUUCAAAGUGACGAUUCAUCCUUUAGGAUGAAAGAUAUGAAGAUCCCUAGAAUUUGUGAAGAGGAGCGGCCACAACUAGAAGUCUCUGAAACACACCUUUAACAUCUCUGAAAAUAAAUCACUUUAUUCUAAAAAUUGAAAUUUCCAAAGGGCCACUCAAGGCUCUACCUGAUAUCAGUUUGCUAGCAGAAAUCUAGAAGAUUCUCAGACAUCAAACAUUUAUGAAACAAUUAACAUAUUUGUAUUUAUCAUCUAGUUCUUAGGGAGAUUCUAGGAGAAAGACCAACAAUCCAACUCUUAAACAGUCACCACAGCGGUAACUCAGGAACAUUCUCAUAUUGAAAGAAAAAAAGCACCACUUGAAGAUUCCCAAGGAGGCAGUCUUCCAUCAAGACAACCAGUGUAGCCAUCCAACUGUGGUGGAACACCUAUCAUCCCAGCACUUAGGAGGCAGAGGUAGGAGCCCAGGAGUUUGAGACCAGCCUGAGCAACACAAAAAGACCUCGUCUCAAGAAACAAAAAAUGAUAUUUGCAAUGUACAAAGGGGAAUCUAUAACAUCCCAUACCUUGCAGGAUUUUCUCCUACACCUGGAUUUGGUAAAAGUAAGGAAAUUGCCUUCAAAGUACUAUCAUCUAAUUUAACAAAUAAAUAAUAAAGCUUUGUUCAGAGAUCCAGCAGAAACCAAUUGUGAGCAGCUUGUGCUUCUCCCUUCUGAAAGUCAGGCUGGCCAAAACCACGGAAUGUAUUUUUGCUAAAGGACUCUGUGAUGAGUGGUCAGCUAAUCAGAAAUGAAGGAAGUUUUUCUCAUCCGAACAGGAGAAGAAACAGGAAAGUGGAAAUUAUAAACACAGGCAAUGAUAAACAGCAGAAAAGAACCGAAUGUUGUACUUCUGUCCACACCAAAUAUCAUAUUUAUCUGCUUAAGACUAUAUCAUUUAUUUUGAUCUGAAAAAAAAAAAUACUCACUUUUAUCUUCCCAAAUCAAAAUACAAGACGUUUCUUCCUUCUAUAUUCAGUCUCACAAGUCGUAGGGGGCAUCUAAUCUCUAAUUGCUGUUGUUGUUUUUUUAUACUUCUCAUUUCAAAAGUCAGGCAGGCAUUAAACAGUGCUUAUUGUGGUAAAAUAUGCACAACAUUUACCAUUUUAACCAUUUCAAGCAGACAACUCAGUGGCAUUAAGUACUUUCACACUGUCAGGCACCUGUCACCACCGUCAGGAGUUUCCUAUCACCCCAAUAUGAAACUGUGCCGCAGCCUAAUGUACCCACGCUGGUACACGAAGACGCUCACUGAAGUGUGUGCUGUUGUUUGGAUGAGUAUUUCCCAAAGGUCUGUAUUAAAGGCUUGUUGGCCAGAGUGGUGGUAUUGGGAGGUCUGUGGGCACUGGAGCUGUGUCCCCAAGAGGGACUUGGGGACCCGAUUAUCUCUCUGGCUCCAAACAUGACUGCUCACUCUGAUGCUCAAACCUGCCAUGAGGUGACUGUCUCACCAGAGGCCCACAUCUAUGAGUCCUCUAGACUUUGAGCUGGGACUCCAGGGCCAUGAGCCAAAAUACACUUUUCUUUACUUCUUCAGUAGCCAGGUAUUUCGUUAUAGGUGCAAAGCAGUUCUAUGGUGUGAUUUGGUCACCUAGGUCUUUUUUCAAAAAGCUCCUUUGAAUUUAAUUUUAUAACCCACUGCAGACAGUUGGCCCUUCUGACUGCCUCACCCAUUGUCUUUGCAUAAUCCUAAUAAGAAUAUUACAUACUAACAAAUUGUUACCCAGUUACUGAAACUCUGUCUUCUCUCGUGAGAAUAUGAUACCAGGACACAUUUAAUCUUGAUUACAACUGUAUAUCAGGACCCAAAUGUAGUCCCUACA